AUGUUUCGGUGCUGGAAGAGCGUCUACCGAAAACACGCGUCGCAGUUCGGCCGAGACUACAGAGCGAUGGAAAACCCCGGGUACAGCGCCGGUAGUUUCGACGACCUUCAUCGCGCCGGUAAUGAUGCUGAUGUGGAGGACGAUGACGAUGACGAGAUGGUAGACAUCGCAGGAGCCACGCUAGACUUCUCCUCCACGGAUGACGUCCCCCCCCUCCACACAGGAUGUUUCAAUGGUAACAGUGGCAGCAGACCAGCCGGCAUGAAUGGCAGCGGGCCCAGUAAACUGGUCGACCCACUGGAUGACCCGGUACCCGGGGUGGGAACCUAUGAGGACUUCAACACCAUAGACUGGGUCAGGGAGAAGAGCAAGGACCGAGACCGGCACAGAGAGAUCACCAAUAAAAGUAGACAGUCUACUGUGGCUCUACUGCACAGUAUCAGCGAUGCCUUCUCCGGCUGGCUCCUCAUGCUGCUGGUGGGACUCAUGUCAGGUGCUCUAGCCGGUGGUAUCGACAUCUCUGCACAUUGGCUGACAGACAUGAAGGAAGGGGUGUGUCUUAAUGGCUUCUGGUUCAACCAUGAGCACUGCUGCUGGAAGUCCAAUAAGAUAACGUUUCAGGAGCGGGACAAGUGUCCCCAGUGGAAGAGCUGGGCUGAGCUUAUCGCAGGAACGAGCGAGGGUGCGUUUGCUUACAUAGUGAACUUCAUGAUGUAUGUCUUCUGGGCUCUGCUUUUCUCUUUCCUGGCGGUUACGCUGGUAAGAGCGUUCGCUCCGUACGCUUGUGGCUCUGGGAUACCCGAGAUCAAAACUAUCCUAAGCGGGUUUAUCAUCCGGGGCUACUUGGGGAAGUGGACCCUGAUCAUCAAGACCGUCACCCUGGUUCUAGCCGUCUCCUCUGGGCUGAGCCUGGGCAAGGAGGGCCCCCUGGUCCACGUAGCAUGCUGCUGCGCCAACAUACUCUGUCAUCUGUUUACCAAAUACCGCAAGAAUGAGGCCAAGCGACGAGAGGUGCUGUCUGCAGCUGCAGCUGUCGGCGUGUCUGUGGCCUUUGGUGCCCCCAUAGGUGGAGUACUAUUCAGCCUGGAGGAGGUCAGUUACUACUUUCCUCUGAAGACGCUGUGGCGGUCCUUUUUCGCCGCCCUUGUGGCGGCCUUCACACUUCGUUCCAUAAACCCAUUUGGUAACAGCCGCCUGGUGCUGUUCUACGUGGAGUUCCACGCCCCCUGGCACCUGCUGGAGCUUGGCCCCUUCAUCCUGUUGGGUAUAUUUGGUGGCCUCUGGGGGGCGCUGUUCAUCCGAGCCAACAUUGCCUGGUGCAGGAAACGUAAAUCCACCCGCCUGGGUCACUACCCGGUCAUAGAAGUACUGGUGGUGGCUGGCUUCACGGCCAUCAUCUCCUACCCCAACAGUUACACCCGCAUGAGUGGGGCAGAACUUAUCUCUGAACUGUUCAACGACUGCUCCCUGCUUGACUCCUCCCAGCUCUGUGGCUACAAACAGCCUACUAAUCUGUCGGAGACGGUUGCUGGGAACGGCCUCGCUGACAGACCGGCCGGUCCGGGCCUCUACACUGCUCUGUGGCAGCUUGCCCUGGCUCUGAUCUUUAAGAUAAUGAUCACCGUGGUUACGUUUGGCAUGAAGGUGCCCUCUGGGCUAUUUAUCCCCAGCAUGGCGGUUGGAGCGAUAGCGGGCAGACUAAUGGGUGUAGGCAUGGAGCAGCUGGCCUACUACAACCAUGACUGGAUCAUCUUCAAAGGGUGGUGCUCGCCAGGAGCAGACUGCAUCACCCCUGGGCUAUAUGCCAUGGUGGGGGCCGCUGCAUGUCUAGGUGGCGUGACUCGAAUGACUGUGUCCCUGGUGGUUAUUAUGUUCGAGCUGACAGGGGGUCUGGAGUACAUAGUGCCCCUCAUGGCCGCUACCAUGACCAGCAAAUGGGUGGCGGAUGCUUUUGGAAGAGAGGGCAUCUAUGAGGCCCACAUCAGGCUGAAUGGUUAUCCAUUCCUGGAGCCUAAGGAUGAGUUUGAUCACAGCAGCCUGGCGGUGGACGUGAUGAGGCCCAGGAGGGCGGACCCUGCCCUGGCAGUACUCACACAGGAGGGCAUGACUGUGGGCGAGGUGGAGUCCCUGGUGGAGAGCACCCACUACAGUGGCUUCCCCAUCGUGGUCUCACAGGAGUCCCAGAGAUUGGUUGGAUUUGUGUUAAGGAGAGACCUGCUGAUAUCAAUCGACAAUGCCAGGCAGCGUCAGGACGGCGUGGUCAGCGCCUCCCAGGUGUUGUUCACCGAGCAUGCUCCGGCCCAGGCUCACGAUGCACCCCCUCCCCUCCGCCUCCGGGCCAUCCUUGACCUGUGUCCCUUCACAGUCACCGACCACACCCCCAUGGACAUCACCGUGGAUAUAUUCAGGAAACUGGGGCUCCGCCAGUGUCUGGUCACCCAUAAUGGGUCAAGACCCUCGGGCUUCGAACCCAUGGCCGAUUCCACGUCUCCUGCCGCUGCCGAGCCGAGCUUGUCCACGGUCACCUGA